UAAGUAGAAAAUAUUGAAGAAAUAUAACCAAACAUGAAUAACCAGCUUAAUCACAUAAUUCACACCCUCUUUAUCUUCACUAUCAUCAUUCUUUCCACACUCACUGAAGGUUUUGCAGUAAAUCAUGCAGAAGAGAAAAGGAAAAACUCAUUCACUCCAAAGGCGUAUGCAAUUCGGUAUUGGGACAGAGUGAUCAAAAACAACUUGCCAAAACCAUCCUUCAUCCUCUCCAAGGCGUCACCACUUAGCGCCACCGAUGCUGCAGCUUUUGAAAAGCACGCUGCCGCCAACACAUUAUCCACAAAGUUGCCGGAAUUCUGCUCUGCCGCACAUCUCUUCUGCUUCCCGAACAUAAAUCCACAACUUUGUCGUAAACCCGUUCUCAGAGGAUUAGGAACCAACAUUUUCAAAGGAUAUGGUAAAGGAGUUGAUUUAGAUAACAAGUUUAGCUUCGACAAUUACGGUUUUACUAACCCUUUCAAAGAUUACGCCAAAAGAGGUAUUUCAUUCGGCAUCUACACUAAAUCUUCUUCAACUAACUCCGUUACCAGUUUGGUGGUUGAACCAGGUAAGUUUUUCCGCGAAAGGAUGUUGAAGGAAGGGACUGUUAUGCCUAUGCCAGAUACAAGGGAUAAGUUACCACCUAGGUCGUUUUUGCCACGUUCCAUUUUGAUCAAAUUGCCCUUUGCAUCUUCUAAGUUGAACAAUAUGAAGCAAGUUUUCAAGGUGUCUGAAAAUUCCUUUAUGGAAAAGAUGAUAGUGGACUCAUUGAGUGAGUGUGAAAGAGCGCCAAGUAAAGGUGAGAUCAAGCGUUGUGUAGGUUCGCUUGAGGACAUGAUUGACUUUGCAACUUCUAUUUUGGGUAGCAAUGUGACGGUUCGGUCCACUGAGAAUGUAAAUGGGUCGAACAACAAUGUUAUGGUAGGUCAAGUAAAGGAGAUAAAUGGUGGGAACGUUAUGGAGUCAGUGUCUUGUCAUCAAAGUUUGUUUCCUUACUUGCUAUAUUACUGUCAUUCGGUGCCAAAUAUUCGAAUUUAUGAAGCGAAUCUUUUGGACCCUAAGUCUAAGGUGAAGAUAAAUCAUGGUGUUGCGAUCUGUCACUUGGAUACAACUGCUUGGAGUCCCACUCAUGGUGCAUUCAUGACUCUUGGGUUCGGUCCUGGUCAGAUUGAAGUGUGUCAUUGGAUAUUUGAGAAUGAUAUGACAUGGACUACCGCAAAUUGAGGAAGCUGCUCCUCCCAUGCAAUAUGGUUCUGAAUCCAAGCAACUGGUUUUUUUUUAUUUUUUUUUAUUAAGAAAUAAAUAAAUGGCAUGCUUUCCGUAAAAUGUGUAUUAUUUAAAUAAAGGGUAAAUUACACGCGUGCUCUUUAAGUUUGAGGUUU